UAUCAUUUUGAUUCAAUUCAACAAUAUUUUAUUGUUUUAAGAUUCUGGUAUAGUGGACACGCCAUACACAACAGUCAUAGAGCCACCCCUGAAGAAUAUUGGAUCUCUACUUUGGUGAAGAACAAAGAAGCACAACACCUCUCCACCAACUCUGAAGAUGGGUGAUGUUGAGCAGCAGGAUUUCAUCAGUGAUUUGCCCCAUAGCAUUAUAGAAAGCAUCCUGACUCGACUGCCAAUAAGGGAUGCUUUGAGAACUAGCAUUUUAUCUAGUAAAUGGAGGUAUAGAUGGGCGACAAUCUCUCAGCUUGUAUUUGAUGAAAACUGUGUUGCUUUUUCUAAUGAGCGAUCCCUGUUUGAAAAUAGCCUGGUAAAAUUUAUUACUGGAGCUCUCUUCCUUCACCAAGGACCAAUUCAUAAGUUCCAGCUUAGUACAACACAGUUGCAGUGGUGCCCCGAUAUAGAUCAGUGGAUACUUUUCCUGUCAAGGAAUGACAUUAGGGAAUUGGUGCUGGAAUUAGGGGAAGGGGAAUUGUUUAGAGUACCUUCAUGUCUUUUUAAUUGUAGAAAGUUAACUCAUUUGGAACUUUUCCAUUGUGAAUUCAAUCCUCCUCUGGCUUUUAAAGGAUUUUCAUGUUUGAAAAGCCUUAAUCUUCAUCAAGUUUUGGUCGCCUCUGAGGCUAUUGAAAGUCUUAUUUCUAGUUGUCCGCUCCUAGAGAGUCUCUCAUUGUCACACUUUGACAGCUUAGACCUUUUUAUAUGUGCUCCAAAUCUCAAGUACUUGUUUUUAGAAGGUGAGUUCAAAGACAUCUGUCUUGAAAAUACCCCACUUUUAGUUUCAUUAUCAGUUGCUAUGGAUAUGACUGAUGACAUUACCGAACACUUUGAGCAAAGUUCAAGUUGCAAUUUUAUCCAGUUUCUUGGUGGAGUACCUCUUCUUGAGAAGCUUGUUGGAUCUAUUUACUUCACGAAGUAUUUAAGUAUAGGUAAUGACCCAGGGAGACUUCCCAUUACAUAUAGCCAUCUACAUACAAUUGAAUUGUAUGAAGUAAGUUUUGAAGAUAUGAAAGAGCUACUGGUCGUUUUUCGUUUGAUUACAAACUCACCUAACUUGAAAGAACUUCAAAUUUCAGGCUUAUCAAAUACAUCAGCUGCUGUAGAAGCAGAUGAUUUGGACGUCUGGGAGAAAGAAUGCCCUUCAGAUUGCACAUUUAAACAACUCAAACUUGUGAAGAUGACUGAUAUGUCUGGUGUGCUGCAUGAGAUGGAACUAAUCAAAUUUUUGCUGAAGAGUUCUCCAGUGCUUGAGAUAAUGAGCAUCAAACCAUGUGCAUUUGUUAGACAUACAAGACAGAACAUGUUGAUUGAGAUGUGGACAGAUACAAAACUGAACAUGUUGAUUGAGUUGUUGAGAUUUCGACGGGCCUCUGCUCAAGCAGAAAUUGUAUUUGUUCAGGAUUAAGCAUUGUGGGUCAUGUAAAGUAUUCUCAUCUGUCCCUACAAUAUUUGCAGGUAAAAUUUUGGACUUCCAAUUUAGUUGUUGGAUGUUUAGCUCAAACAUUUUCAUAAUUUACAGAAAUGAAAGUGCAAAUGAUUUUCAACAA